AUGCCUGUCACCGUUGAAUAUCGAGGACGAAUCGCCAUCAUAACGCUAAAUAUCCCAGAGAAGCUCAAUGCGCUCUCAUCAUCAGGUUACUUUCUCCUAGCAAAGUGCAUGCGCGACGUGGCCAGCAAUCCAGAGGUCGUAAUCACGGUCCUAACUGGUAGAGGACGUUUCUUUUCCUCAGGCGCGGAAAUUCAGCGUCGCCCAUCAGCUGCACGGGACCAAGCAAGUUCAACAGAGCCUGCUCCUGUGCGUGAAACGCAAUUGCGAGGCCUUGCACACAUCAUUGAAGUCACUGAAGCUUUCUACACGCACCCUAAGCUGCUGAUUACUGCCCUAAAUGGCCCGUGUGUGGGCCUUUCAGCAGCCCUGGUUGCAUACUCGGACUUUAUUUAUGCCAUGCCUCACGUCUACCUGUUAUGUCCUUUCACCUAUCUCGGUAUCACCGCCGAAGGUGGCUCAACGGCCUUAUUUAGUCGACGCAUGGGCUUCAAAAUAGCGGCCGAGGCACUGAUCAUGUCGAAACGCAUCCAGUGUGACGAUUUGGUUCGAUGUGGUUUCAUCAACGAGGUCUUUGACACCGGAAAAAACGUCGACAAAUUUCUCGAGAAAGUACUUGCGGUGGUCGAUACUAGUCUGUCGACAAAACUCAAUGCGUUCAGCAUGCUAGAGGUAAAAGCCUUGAUGAGAAAGGCGGGCUUACCUCUUCUGGCAUCGCAAACCGUCGAAGAGACCGUAGGCGUGGUGGGUAGCCUUGCAAGGGCUCAGGCCAAUGCGGGCGAUCGGGCGGGAGGAGGUCAGAAGGCAACCGCUCGACUGUGA